UGGUUUGAGAGCGAAAAAAACAAAAAGAGAAUUUACUGCAGUAAAAGAAAUAUAUCUCUCUCCAGAUACUCCGAGAGCAUAGCAUUCGUGUCUUCUCGUAGGUGAUAUAUCGAUCAUGGCUCCCCGGUGCUUCUUUCCACCGGGUUUUGGCCUCCCUCUUCGUUAACUCUCAUUUAUUUAUUCAUUUUAUUAUAUACCUACUCUGUGCGGGCUCUAGUUUGCUUCGCUUACAAGCAACUUAACCCCCUGGCUACCAACCUGUGCUGUGACGUUAUCGGUAAUAAGUUGAACUGCAAGCAAUUCUGUACAAACACCCUUCCAGGUCAGUCCUCCCACUAACGGACUUUGAGAAACUGUUUCAAAGUAAGCAAACUGAAGACUACCAAAGACACGAAACUUGCAGCGGCAAACUUCAGCCUCUUUUCGUGAGUGGAUAUUCAACCUUUUACGUAGAAAAGUUUGCUUAAAAUAAAGGCAAAAAGCGUGUAAGGUUUACCUUGAAAUCUGAGGAACUACUGAAAGCAUAAAAAAAAUGAAGAGCUGUGAUUUUAUACUGCCGUUAGCAGGACUUCUGGUCGCAGCUCACGCGUACGGUGACGGACAAGUUUAUACAAGAGAAAAACGUCAACUACCCUCACCUAUACUCGUGCAACCUUUCGGAGGAGUAUUUAAGUUCAUCAUCGGCAUGGGUAUACCGAUCACUGUUGGCGAACGAUUGGUGAUAUAUGGUCAAAAUGUACAGUUUCAGUAUCCUCUUCCAACGAAUGCAAGUUAUUUUACAAAUUAUUUUUCUUCGACUUCCCCAAAGAGACGACGUCGGAGUACAUCGAAUUACGAGAGAUCGUUAGCCUACGCGAUGUUGGAACGCCAAUACGAAAGGACCGGCGCCAAUGGCAAGCAAUGCAUAUUGAGGGGAAUUUGCGAGGUGGCGGAAACCCCGUUGCAAGAGGAAGGCCUCGUUGGAGAACUCCUUCAUCUCUUGUUGACACCUGAUUACGGUGGAAUCAAUUUUGUAGAACAAGAUUACUUGGACGCAAAGCAGGCUGGACUGCGAGGAGAAAAUUGCAUGGAAUUAUUUCCAGAGUGCCCGAAAGGCCACGGAAUACUCGACCUGGUGUCAACCGUAGAAUAUACCUAAGAAAUACGUCAUUCUCAUUUAUCAUUCGCAUUUCUUGGUCGCUAGAAUAGUAUCAUACCCGAAAUUCAUGUAACAACUGUAAUAAAAGCGAAAACAUAAAAUUGAUUCCUUGAUAGAAUUU